CUUCUGCACAAUAUUAUUGUGCACUCUCUACACUCGAUUCCUGAAAUCUUGUACUACAGACAGCAAAUCUGAAUCAUCUGAUUUCCAGUUUGCUUUGGUUUUUUGUCUUUUGAUGAGUUUUUGUUGUGCUUUGUAAUUUCUAAUACUAGCACAGUAGCACUGGUGUUGCAGUCACGGGUGCCAUUUCCUUUUCACACUUCCAUUAAAAAUGGCGGAAACAAAUGCGCCUGGCUUAAAUGUGAAUGUUAAGAGAGUUUUUCGAUAUGCUUUUAUUGCUUGUGUGUAUGUCAUUGGUGUAUUCUGGAGUGUCGUUUGGAUAUGCAGCAACUUCCUCACAAUCCUGCGAAAUCCCACAGGAUUCUUCACUGUGAAGAAACGUGCCAAGCCGCCUGCAGUCCUUCAGGAUCCUGCUUUGGGGGAACACGGCUAUCUGCAUCUUAAGAACGGCAUCAGAAUUCAUUACGUGGCUUCUGGACCACCGGAUGCUCCUUUGAUGCUUUUCCUGCAUGGCUUUCCAGAGUUUUUCUAUACUUGGCGGCAUCAGAUACGUUAUUUCAAAAAUUCCUAUAGAGUUGUGGCGGUGGACUUGAGAGGCUACGGAGAUUCGUCAAAGCCUUCUAAUUACGCGGAGUACGAAAUUCGUAAACUAUGCGAAGAUGUGCGAUUGAUCAUCCAGAGCUUGCAACGCGCUUCCUGUAUUCUUGUCGGACACGACUGGGGCGGUAUGAUAGCAUGGAAUUUCGGUUCAUUGUACCCGGAAAUGGUCUCCAGCAUGGUGGUAAUUAAUGCGCCCCAUCCAGCCGUUUUCUGGAAGUUUGCAAUGAAAAACCCGAAGCAGCUACUAAUGAGCUGGUACAUCUUCAUGUUCCAGCUUCCCUUCCUACCUGAGUUUUUCCUGAGCUCCAGUGAUCUUAAAUUUCUGGAAGAGAUAUUCACUGUUGCACCGAUGGGAGCUAAACCAGGCACUUACCAAGAGGAGGACAUCGAAGCUUUCAAGUACACCUUUUCUUCCGCAAAAGCAUUCACUGCGCCCAUCAAUUACUAUCGUAAUUUGUUUCGCUUCAACCCACCAAAACCGAUCAAAUUCCAACCUUUGCCCUUCCCCAUAUUGGUGAUCUUCGGUACGGGUGAUCGAGCCAUAAGUCCGGAAACUGCACUGCUUUCGGGGCAAUUCGCUGGAGGGAUUUUUGAACUCAAAUAUGUGGAAGGGGCUAGUCACUGGGUGAAUGAAGAGGAACCUGAGGUGGUCAACAAUACCAUCGCCAAAUUUUUGUCUGAUCACUGAUUUAGAAGCUUUGCUAGUUUCUUGCUCACAUUGGUGGGUUUUUUUUUAUUUUUUUAUCGCUGUUAUUCUAAAGAGAUACCUUUUCAUUGAUUUUUAUAACAGGGAAGCCGUUUUUUAAUUGGUGGUUCAAUUCGUCUGCCAAGCUUUUAGUGAAUAAGUUGGGUGACAAUAAAUUCCAUUUAUCA